AUGGGUGACAGAAGAUUCAUUGACUUUCAAUUUCAAGAUUUAAAUUCAAGCUUCAGACCCAGGUUAGGCAAUGCUACUGCCAAUAAUACUUGCAUUGUUGAUGAUUCCUUCAAGUAUAAUCUAAAUGGUGCUGUCUACAGUGUUGUAUUCAUCCUGGGUCUGAUAACCAACAGUGCCUCUCUGUUUGUCUUCUGCUUCCGCAUGAAAAUGAGAAGUGAGACUGCUAUUUUCAUCACCAAUCUGGCCCUUUCUGAUUUGCUCUUUGUCUGCACUCUACCUUUCAAAAUAUUUUACAAUUUCAACCGUCACUGGCCUUUUGGUGACACCCUUUGCAAGAUCUCUGGGACUGCAUUCCUCACCAACAUCUAUGGGAGCAUGCUAUUCCUCACCUGUAUUAGCGUGGAUCGUUUCCUGGCCAUUGUUUAUCCCUUCCGAUCUCGUACCAUUAGGACAAGGAGGAAUUCUGCCAUUGUAUGUGCUGGAGUCUGGAUCCUAGUCCUUAGUGGUGGUAUUUCAGCUUCUUUGUUCUCCACCACUAAUGUCAACAAUGCAACCACCACCUGCUUUGAGGGCUUCUCCAAACGUGUCUGGAAGACUUAUCUGUCCAAGAUCACCAUAUUUAUUGAAGUUGUUGGUUUCAUCAUUCCUCUGAUAUUGAAUGUCUCUUGCUCUUCUGUGGUGCUAAGAACCCUUCGCAAGCCUGCUACACUGUCUCAAAUCGGGACCAAUAAGAAAAAAGUGCUGAAGAUGAUCACAGUGCAUAUGGCAGUCUUUAUGGUAUGCUUUGUACCCUAUAACUCUGUCCUCUUCCUGUAUGCUCUAGUGCGCUCCCAAGCCAUUACUAAUUGCUUGUUGGAAAGAUUUGCAAAGAUUAUGUACCCAAUCACCUUGUGCCUUGCAACUCUGAACUGUUGCUUUGACCCUUUUAUCUAUUACUUCACCCUUGAGUCUUUUCAGAAGUCCUUCUACAUCAAUACCCAUAUCAAGAUGGAGUCCCUGUUUAAGACUGAAACACCUCUAACCACAAAGCCUUCCCUUCCAGCUAUACAAGAAGAGAUUAGUGAUCAAACAACACAUAAUGGUGGUGAACUGAUGUUAGAAUCCACCUUUUAGGUAAUGAGAACUGUCUUUAGGUCCAGAUAUGGUCUUUCUUAUGAUUUUUCCUAUGCUAUGAACAAGACAGUUUGAAGCUAAUGAUACUGAAAAUAGAUUAAUGUACUGAAUACAGUCAGAUACAUUUAUUUGAAUGUUUAUUGUGCAUAUGCUGUUUUGUUCAAUAAUUAUAGGUCAGGUCUAAUUACAACAACCAAAAGAGAUUGCCAAACUCUUCUGCUGUGUUGU